AUGGAGGAUAUAAGAUUGUCACCAAGGUGUGGAGCUAGUGUGGUGCUGUUUAGAGGGGUUUUUGGUGCUGGUCUGCUAUGCUCUGCUGCCUGGGAAUCCUCCAUAUCCGGACAAGGGGUCACUGCAGUCCAUCAUUCCUUGCUCCCCGUGCAAUUCUUAUCUCUCUGCUGUGCCUGCUGUGCUAUGACAAAUUUAAGUGCAUAUUCUAUCUCCGACACGAAAUCAGUUGCACAGACAUAUGCCUUCCUUGUUAAGUGGCUGAUUGAUCACCCAAAAUACCUCAAAAAUCAGUUGUUCAUUGGGGCUGAUUCUAAUUCAGGCAUAACUGCUCCAAUAGUAGUUCAACAUAUAGUAGAGGGAAAUGCUGUUGGGGAGAGGCCACGCUUGAAUCUCAAAGGCUAUAUUCUUGGGUGCCCGCGAACAGAUGCAAUUAUAAAUGAAAAUUCAAAAAUAUCAUACUCUCACCGGAUGGGACUUAUAUCCGAUGAACUUUAUGAGGAGACCAAAAUAACUUGUAAUGCUAAUUAUUAUGAUGUGGAUCCAAACCAAGCAGAGUGCUUUGAAAGCCUUCAAAAGAUUGCAAACUUGAUUCAUGAUAUAAACAAAAAUGAUAUAUUGGAACCAAAGUGUACUUGGGCAUCCCCAGAUCAAAAUGGAGAAACCGAUAGACGAUCACUAGAGCAGCAAUCGGGAAAUUUCAUUCUCUCACCUCCCAAAAUUCCAGAAAUGUGGUGUCGCAAUUUCAAUUUUGCACUCUCCUAUAUUUGGGCAAAUGAUGAGAGUGUCCAACAAGCCUUGUAUGUUACAGAGGGAAUAGUUAAAGAUUGGAAGAGGUGCAACAAGAACUUGGAUUACACACUGAAUGUGGAAACUGUACUUGAUGUUCAUAAGAAUCUCAGUUCAUAUGGUCUCCAAGUUCAUGUAUACAAUGGUGAUCAUGAUUUAACUGUACCAAAUACCGGAACUCAAGAUUGGAUAAAAUUGUUAAAUUUAACUAUUGUUAGUGACUGGCGGCCAUGGCUAGUUGACGGCGAAGUUCGAGGGUGAGUAUAUAAAAACAUUUUUUCAAUUUUAAUUUCAAUU